AGUUGUGAACAACGCAAACCUCAAGGGCUCGCUUCCUUCCGAUCUCGCCUCGCUCACAGCUCUCACCAACAUCGGCGCUCCCGGCAACUACCUCAUAGGAACCGUGCCGCCGCUCGGCCCUCUACUGCUCGUAUUGGACCUCAACUUCAACUUUAUCUCCGACCUCCCAUCCGCGGCCUACACGUGGUGCGGAGGCAAUCUCAACUGCCUCGUCACGCCCUCCAAGUGCAACCACCGGCGGCACGGUUCAGCGGCCAUGCUCGCCCUCAAGGCCUCGCUGGGUGUCACCCUCACCACGUGGGCGGCCACUGUGCCGUGCCAACUUGCGGGGCAGACCACCACGGCUGCAGUGUGGAGUGGCGUGCUGUGUGACAGCACUGGGAGGGUCGUGAGCAUGGCUGUGGCUAACUCGAAGCUCAAGGGAUCACUUGCUUCGGACAUCUCCACGCUCACAGCCCUCACUUACCUCAACCUGCAGGGCAAUCUCCUCAGCUACCGCCUCGACUCCUUCACCACCAACCUCCGAGCCUUGCCAGUGCUGGCCGACAUCGCUCGCCUCUGGGCUGCCUCACUCUGGACCGUGCGCGGCAACUUCCUCACAGACGUGCCCACAGCCAGCUACACGUGGUGCGGGGGCGCGGGCAACUGCCUGCUGACGCCCUCCAAGUGCACCAGCGGAGGCUCCGCCCAGCGGCCUGCAGCGGAUUGUGCCUUCUGCGGCACCACCAACGGCGUGGGGCCGUUCUGCUGGGCGGGGGCAGGGGGAGUGUGCGCGGUGGACGCGGCUGCACCCAUCGCUGCCGGCACUGUUAACUCGCCGACGCAGCCCGUGCGGCCGAUGGCGUGUGCGGGCGGCUCGGUGGUGGUCAUCAAAGAAAGCACAGCCAUGCUGGCGCUCAAGUCGUCCCUGGGGGUGACGUUCAGCACGUGGGCGGCGUCGGUGCCGUGCAAGGUCAAGGGCCAAACAGCGCCCAUCCCCACGUGGACCAGCGUGCUCUGUGACUCCGCCGGCAACGUCUUGAGCAUGCAUCUCAUGAAGCAGCUAUUCCAGGCACCGCUUGCUGGUUUCACCCGCCAACCUCCUUCCACUCACCACCACCUGCUGUCAACCAAUCCGCCUCUCCUGCAUCUCACGAAGCAGCUCUUCCAGGCGCCGCUGGCUGGUUUCACCGCCAACCUCCCUCCACUCACCGCUACCCUCAAGGAGCUCUUCCUGCAGUACAACUGGUUCUAUGGCUCCAUGCCCGCCGCACUCCUCAACAUGCAAUCGCUCAGUGUGCUUGGAGUGGGCUACAACUACCUCACUGGAAGCUUCCCAGCUUCGCCCACUCUGAAAACCCUGGACGUGCGCGGAAACUUCUUCUACACCAUGGGAAGCAUGACUCUCAGCUGGUGCGACGGCCACACCAACUGCUUCACCACUCCCUCUGUCUGCGGCAUGGGAGGCACCACACAGCGCCCCGCAGCAGACUGUGCCAUCUGCGGCUCAACCAACGCGCAGCCGCCCUUCUGUGGCGGCACCGGCACGUGCGCGCCUGACUCUGCGGCUGCGGCCGCGCUGGGCACGCCUAAUGCUAUGGGCUCGGCCACACUGCCCCUGGUGUGCGGUGGUGUCCCCAUCGACGCUGCUGAUGCUACGGUGCUGCUGGCGCUCAAGUCGUCGCUGGGCGUGACGCUGAGCAACUGGAAUGCGGCAGCGCUGUGCACGCUGGAGGGGCAGACGCUCCUGCCCGCGCAGUGGGGCGGCGUGCGCUGCACCGCUGCCGGCAAAUGUGGUGGUGAUGCCUUUGUUCCCACUCCUUUGCCUCUCUCAUUCCUCCCCUGCCUCUCAUCCUUGGCUCCUCCCCCUCGUUGCCAUGCACCCACCGCACUCACGUGCCAUCUGCGCACAUCAGAAGAGGAUAGUGACAGGGCGACUGGGAGGUGUUUUGAGUCGGCUCAAAACACGUCCCAUCUGCGCACGUCAGAAGAGGAUAUUGACAUGGCGAAUGGGAGUUGGGAUGCACUGUGCAUAGCAUGCCAGCUUUCCUUGUCAGUGGGUGCACUGUGCAUAGCAUGCCAGCUUUCCUUGUCAGUUGGUGCACUGUGCAUAGCAUGCCAGCUUUCCUUGUCAGUGGGUGCACUGUGCAUAGCAUGCCAGCUUUCCUUGUCAGUGGGUGCACUGUGCAUAGCAUGCCAGCUUUCCUUGUCACUGGGUGCACUUGACUUGGGCUACAACCUCUUCCAGGGCCGUCUCGACUUCUUUGCCGCACCGCUCAAGCCCCUCACGUCGCUCAAGGCGCUCUUCUUCCACUACAACUACUUCGCCGGCUCGAUUCCUUCUGCCAUCGCCACACUUCCUCAACUCACCUCACUAGCUGCCCUCCACUCACAACAAUCUCCGUUCCUCAUGCCCCAUCCGCUGUUCAUCCACCAUUUCCUCAUCCACUCCCCCUCCCCUUCCCCUCACCACCUUCCCCCCAACUUUCUCCGCUCCCCCCCAUUCCCCCCCGGCAGCGGCCUUUUCUCCAACUACCUUACGGGCACCGUGCCCAUCCCUGCCAAGACCCUGCUGGCUCUGGACGUGGGCUUUAACUUCCUCUCGGGCACCUUCCCGAAGCUGCCACUCAUGUUCUGUGCGGGCGACAACAACUGCUUCCUCAACUCCACCGCCUGCCGCACCUACGGCAUCGUGCAGCGCCCUGCCGGCGCCUGCGCCAUCUGCGGCACCGCCGCCGGCCAGGGCGACCUCUGCUUCGGCGGCUCCUGCGCUCCUGACGCCGCUGCUGCCGUCACCGCCAGCACUGUCAACUCGCCCAAUCAGCCCAUCCUGCCCAUGGCAUGCACAGUGUCACUUUACCUUCUCGGCGUUCUCCCGCUUUUGCAUAGGUUGCUGGCGUUUCUGCUGAUCGCACCUCUGCCCGUCCUCCCCACUGCUCUCCUGCCAUUCCUCACCCCGCACACUCUCCCCCUCUCUGCCUCUUCUUCGCUCUCCUCUGUUACAGACAAUCCCGCAGCGCCAAUGGACACAGGUUCAGGUGCGUGUGCUACUCACGCAUGCCUUGCCACCCUGCCUUCAUGCAUGGUUGGCCGGCCCUCAUGCGUCCUUCUUUGCCCUCAUGCGUCCUUCCUUGCCCUCAUGCGUCCUUCCUUGCCCUCAUGCGUCCUUCCUUGCCCUCAUGCGUCCUUCCUUGCCCUCAUGCGUCCUUCCUUGCCCUCAUGCGUCCUUCCUUGCCCUCAUGCGUCCUUCCUUGCCCUCAUGCGUCCUUCCUUGCCCUCAUGCGUCCUUCCUUGCCCUCAUGCGUCCUUCCUUGCCCUCAUGCGUCCUUCCUUGCCCUCAUGCGUCCUUCCUUGCCCUCAUGCGUCCUUCCUUGCCCUCAUGCGUCCUUCCUUGCCCUCAUGCUUCCUUCCUUGCCCUCAUGCGUCCUUCCUUGCCCUCAUGCCUCUGGCGCUGCUGAACGUGAAGUCAACGCUGGGAGUGACGUUCACCAGCUGGGCGGCUGCAUCGCCCUGCGCCAUUGCCAACUCCACCAUCACCAUAGGAGGCACCUGGACCGGCGUGCUCUGCUCCGCUGCUGGCAACGUUCUCAGCGUCGACCUCUCGAACAACCUGCUGCUUGGAAGCCUUGACAAAUUCGCCUCCUCCUUCUCGGGCCUCAAGGCGCUCCUGCAGCUGUCAGUGCCGCCCGCCUCACCCUCACCGCGCUCACCCAUGCCACUCGAAUCCGCCCUGCUCUCGAUCGUGUUGCUCUCAGCUGUACUGCUCUCGAUCGUGUUGCUCUCAGCUGUACUGCUCUCGAUCGUGUUGCUCUCAGCUGUACUGCUCUCGCUCGUGUUGCUCUCAGCUGUAGUGCUCUCGAUCGUGUUGCUCUCAGCUGUAUUGCUCUCGCUCGUGUUGCUCUCAGCUGUAUUGCUCUCGAUCGUGUUGCUCUCAGCUGUAUUGCUCUCGCUCGUGUUGCUCUCAGCUGUAUUGCUCUCGCUCGUGUUGCUCUCAGCUGUAUUGCUCUCGACCGCGUUGCUCUCAGCUGUAUUGCUCUCGAUCGUGUUGCUCUCAGCUGUAUUGCUCUCGAUCGUGUUGCUCUCAGCUGUAUUGCUCUCGAUCGUGUUGCUCUCAGCUGUAUUGCUCUCGAUCGUGUUGCUCUCAGCUGUAUUGCUCUCGAUCGUGUUGCUCUCAGCUGUGCUGCUCUCGCUCGUGUUGCUCUCAGCUGUACUGCUCUUGAUCGUGUUGCUCCCAGUAGUCGUUCCCUUGUGCGGCCUUCAGCACGCACAAUAUGGGCGCCUCAACAACAACUGGUUCGCGGGCUCCUUUCCUCAGACCCUCAUGUCGCUUCCCGCUCUCACUCUGCUGGACGUGCACGCAAACACACUGACAGGGUCACUGCCCGCCGUGUCAUCCAUGCUGCAGGCGCUCUUCCUGCACGACAACUUCCUCGCCGGCACCUUCACCCCCACCGCUGCCCUCACCGCGUGUGACGCCAGCCUCAACUGCCUCACCAGCGCCGCUGCGUGUGGCGCCAGCAGCACCACUCAGAGGGCCGCUGCUGCGUGUGCCAUCUGCGACAGUGCGGACGCCCAAGGGCUGCUGUGCUGGGGGGGCGUGUGCCUGCCUAACGUCACUUUCUCCACCGCACACCCUGACGGGCUUGCCCCGCCGCCCAUGUACUGCAAUGCGCAAGCGCUGGCGGCGCUGAAGAGUGCGAUCGGGGUGACGUUCACCACGUGGGCGCCCGCCACCUACUGCACCGUGGCGCCCACCGCCGUCAUUGCCGGCACGUGGACCGGCGUGCUCUGCAACUCCCUCGGCAAAGUCCCUGCGUUGAAGACAGUGCCAACUGCAGCCACUUUCCUCGGCUCUCCUGCCCUGCUGCUUGCUCAGGCCAUGCUGAUGGCGCAACUCGCCAACAGCAAGCUCACGGGCACUCUGCCACUCGCUGUCUCCACCCUCACAGCGCUCACUGCCAUCGACCUCACCUCCAACCUCUUCCAGGGUCGCCUGGACGAAGUUGCCACGCAGCUGCGCCUGCUCACCAACCUCAAAGCCAUCGACCUGGCCUACAACUGGCUCUCCGGCUCGGUGCCUGCGUUCAUGCUCACCCUUCCCAGCCUCACGGAGAUCACUCUAGGCUACAACUACCUGACGGGCGCGCUGCCCCCGGUGACAUCCCCGCUCUCAGUGGUGGACGUGCAGUUCAACUUCCUCGCCGGCACCUUCCCCACGCUCAACCUCACCCUCUGCGCCGCGCGCAUGAACUGCUUCCUCGACGCCACCAAGUGCAAGAACCCCAACCGCGCCGCCGAGCUCCCGCGGGCCGCUGCUGCCUGCGCCAUCUGCAACACGACCAACGCGCAGGGCCGGCUGUGCAGCGGCGGGCUGUGCACCGUCAACGCCACGGACCUCGUGGCACUCGGUGCUCCCAACAGUGCCGCGUCUCCCACACUGCCGCUCAUCUGCGUGGGAGCGGCGUUUGUGGCGAUGGACUCGGUGCAUACGGGUGCCAUGCUGAACCUCAAGGCGUCGCUGGGAGUGACCUUCACCGACUGGAAGGCCGACUCGCCCUGCUCCCUGCCCGGCGCCGUUGCCCCUGGUUCGUGGAGCGGGGUCACCUGCGACGGCACUGGCAAAGUGCUCGGCAUAGUCCUCAACUCGCAAAAACUGGGAGGCAGCAUCCACUCAGACAUCUCCAAGCUCACCACGCUCACAUCACUUGACCUGCAGUCCAACCUGCUGCAGGGGCGGCUGGACUCCUUCACUGCCGGCAUCAAGGCGCCCCUCGUGCUCAAGGAGCUGAGCUGUGAGUCCCUCGUGCUCAAGGAGCUGAGCUGUGAGUCCCUCGUGCUCAAGGAGCUGAGCUGUGAGUCCCUCGUGCUCAAGGAGCUCGCUCUGCAAUUCAACUACCUGUCUGGACAGUUCCCCUCCACGCUUCUCGCCCUCACCACCCUCUCCAAGCUCUCCGUGGCCUACAACUACCUCACGGGUCCCUUCCCAACCGUGCCGGCAUCAGCAAAGUCGCUGGACGUGCAGGGAAACUUCCUGUCGGGUUCCUUCCCCACCAACGCGCUCACCUACUGCGCCGCCACCACCAACUGCCUCACCGACGCCAACAACUGCGCCUCCCUCGGCAUCACCCAGCGCUCCGCCUCCGACUGUGCCAUCUGCGGCACCGCCUUUGGCCAGGGCACGCUGUGCGGGGGUGUGCCGUGCCUGGUCAACACCACGGGGGUCACGGCGCCUCCCACUGCCACGUCUCCCCCUCUCAACCUCUACUGCACGCCUGUUGCACUGGACACCAACACCACCACAACGCUGCUGGCGCUGAAGGCGGUGCUGGGAGUGACGGCCACGGACUGGAGUGCAACGACGGUGGCACUGAAGCCCAAGGCACUGAAGAGCAGCAGCGUGCCCCUCGCCACCAUGGUGGGCGCCUGCACCGUCGACGGGCAGACCCCUGCUCCCGGCUCGUGGACUGGUGUCUACUGCAACACCGCUGGCGCCAUCGUCGCCCUGUUGCUGCCGAACCAGAAGCUGACUGGAAGCCUAUCCUCCGACAUCAGCAAGCUCACAGCGCUCACCGCACUCAAGCUGAACCGCAACUACCUGACGGGGGUGGUGCCCACCGUGGGGGUAGCGGUGAAGGCGCUGAACGUGGCAGACAACUUCCUCUCGGGCUCCUUCCCCACUGCGGCCCUCACGGCGUGCGAUGCGCGCUCCAACUGCUUCGUGGACGCCUCCAAGUGCACCAACACCAACGGCACCGCGCAGCGCGCCACUGCCGACUGCAACGUCUGCGGCUCCACCGGGGCUGCCGGCAUGCUGUGCGGCGGCGGCUUCUGCACUCCCAACGCCACAGUGCCGGCCGGCACGGGCACGCCCAACACGGAGGGGCAGGCGGUGCUGCCGCUGUUCUGUCAGGGCGGCCCCAUCGAGGUCAACAUGCGCGGCGCCAUGCUCAACCUCAAGGCAUCACUGGGCGUCACUCUUACUGACUGGCUCGCCACCUCGCCGUGCAACAUCGCAGGGCAGAACACGGUGCCGGGGGCGUGGUCUAAUGUGGUCUGUGACACCGCCGGCAAGGUCUUGAGCAUCAUCCUGGACAGCAACCUGCUGCAGGGCCGCCUGGCGUUCUUCACGUCGGCCUUCAAGGGGCUCUCAGCGCUCAAGCAAUUGUCAGCCGCCUCUGCCUGCCUGCCCCCCACCUGCCCUCUGCCGCCCAUCCCAUUAUCCCUGUUGCAAGCUUCAUCGGACUUUGCAGCACUGCUUUCUCUGCUCUCCGCUGUUCCGCUUGCUCACGCUCUCUUGCUUGUGUGUUGCUGGUCUGUCUUGCCCUCACUCACUGCUGCCUGUGCCCGUGCCUGCUCUACCUCUCUCCCCUUCCCCCGCUGCCUGCCAAUCUGCAGCAAGGCACGCUUCAACUUCUUCGCGGGACCGCUGCCUUCUGCACUGCUCACACUCCCCACACUCACCAACCUCGACAUGAGCUACAACUACCUCACAGGCACCGUCCCCGCCACUGUAGGCACGGCGCUCAAGUCACUCAACAUCGGAGGCAACUUCCUGUCAGGCAGCAUCGGCACCCUCACCGGCGUGACGUGCUCGGCAGCACUCAACUGCCUCACCUCCCAGGGCAGCUGCACCUCCGGCGGCGUUCUCAACCGCGCCGGCUGUGGCAUCUGCGGCAGCCCUGACGGCCAGGGCACUCUGUGCGGCGGUGGGCUGUGCGUGCCGAAUGCUACGGAGGCAGUGGCGGGUAACAGCGUCCCCACGCUGUCCACGCCCAUCAUGAGCAUGUACUGCACGGGGGUCAUCAUCGACGCUGCCUCAGUCACAGCGCUGGGCAACAUAAAGACGGCGCUGGGAGUGACCUUCACGGACUGGGUGGCGCCCACGGCACUGCUCAAGCCCAAGGCAGCGGGCAGCACGGGCAGUGGCAGUGUGGCGCUGACGGACUGGCUCACCACGGGCGGCUACUGCACGGUGGAGGGACAGACCCCCGUCGCUGGCGCCUGGUCUGGCGUAUUUUGCAACGCCCUCGGCCAGCCCGUCAGCCUUCGACUCAAAAGCGUGCUCUGCAGCUCCCUCUGCCAUGCUUUUGAGUCGACUCAAAAGCGUGCUCUGCAGCUCCCUCGGCCAGCCCGUCAGCCUGUCAGCACCCUCUCACCCUCUGCCCCCUGCUGCGCUCUCGUUUUUCCUUCUGCAGCUGCUGCUCGGGCUGUUGCAGUGCCUGUCUUGCUGUUCAAGCCACUACCAAUGCACGUAACCAUGGCAGCAUGUAACUCGCCUCCCCGCCAUGCCCCUCCCUCCUCCCCACCCCAUGCUGGCAGGAAGCUGGACAAUCAGAAGCUCACCGGCUCAUUCCAUGCUGACAUCAGCAAGCUCUCCACGCUCACCAUGCUUGCCGACCACAUGCUCCCCUAUGCCGAGCGCCAAUGCCGGGCGGUAGGCAGGACACCCGCUCCACUCCUCCAUGCCUUCAUGCCCUCCCUCCCUCCGCUCCACCCCCUCCUCCCCCCUCUCCUCUCCUCGCACCACAAUCUGCUGCUGCCCGUGCAGGGAUUGUUUUGCCUCUUGUCUUGCCUCUGUGAGUGCCUUGCCUCUGUGAGUGCCUUGCCUCUCCGCCUCAACAACAACUAUCUCUUCGGCUCUGUGCCCCUCUGGCUCGUCUCCUUCGCCAAGCUCACCAACCUGUCAGUGCCCCACCGUGUCCCACCCUGCCCCACCCUGCUCCACCCUGCCCUCACCUGCCACAAAGUUAUCAAUCAACCCCUGCCACCCCAGCCGCCCCUAGCCUCGUGCAUUUCCCAAUCGUUUUACAAUCCAUGUUAUCCCCUCUGCUCCAUCCAUCUGUGGCCUCUCGUGUAUCAUGCUCUCCCUCACCCUUGCCUCUUGUGCCGCAUGCCGCUGUCCCUUGGCCCUCUUCCGUGCCCCAUGCGGCCGUCCCCUUAUCUCCUCCCUCAUCCGCCCCUUUCCUACCCUUCCAACCUCCUCCCUCCCUCUCCCCAUUCCUUCUCCUCCCCCCGGCCUGCGUGCAGCGAGCUGAGCAUGAACGCGCUCACGGGCACGUUCCCAGCACCCAUCUCCACCGCACUCAAGCGCCUCAUGGUGGACCAGAACUUCCUGGGCGGCACCUUCCCAGCCAACAGCGCCACCUACUGCACGGCCUACUACAACUGCAUCACCUCCUACACCACCUGCCCCGCCGUCUACCCCAACCUGCCUCAGCCCAGCUAUGGGUGCCAGUUCUGUGGCACCACCAACGCGCUGGGCACGGCGUGCAUGGGCAACCCGUGUGUGCCGGUGACGCCGUCGCCCAUCACGGCGGUCAACAAGUGGAACCCCGUCCCUGUCAUGCGCUGCGAUCCUGUCCCCAUCCAAGCCACUCAAGUGUGUUCCGCUCCUUUCCUGUGCCCCACGCUGUGCCCCACGCUGUGCCCCACGCUGUGCCCCACGCUGUGCCCCACGCUGUGCCGCCCCACGCUGUGCCCCACGCUGUGCCCCACGCUGUGCCCCACGCUGUGCCCCACGCUGUGCCCCACGCUGUGUCCCACAGUGUUCUCAACGGUGUCAAAGCGUCAGGCUUCUUCCCUCCCGACUCCUCAAAGCUCUCUGCGCUCACCAGGCUCUCCACCUUACACACCGCAGUGCUUUCAUUCCCAUCACACACCGCAGUGCCAUUGCAUUCGUCUCACAAGUCACCUGACAUCAACGUAUGUGUUUGUGUGCCGCGCUGUGUGCUGUGCUGUGUGCCGCGCUGUGUGCUCUGCCAUGCCUGCUGUGCUGCGUCGCAGUGACUUCUCGGUGAACUUCUUCACCAACCGCAUCGACACCUUCCUUGCGCCCUUCCUUCCCAUCAAGACCCUCAACACCCUUCGCCUCCACCAGAACUACUUAUCAGGCUCCUUCCCAGCCAGCAUCUCCGCCCUCACUGCCCUCACAGAACUGCGCCUGAACCUGAACUACCUGACGGGCAGCAUGCCGGCAGCACUGCCAGCAUCCCUCAAGGUGAUCGACCUGUCGAACAACUACCUGGUGGGCACCUUCCCCACCACCACCGCCACCUCCGUCGCCUGCGCCAGCAACUGCCUGCAGGACGCCUCCAAGUGCCCCGCCGGCUCUGCUCAGCGCGCUGCAGGCGGCUGUGCCAUCUGCGAGACGACCGACGCCACGGGCAGGAUGUGCGGCGGCGGCGUCUGCACGCCCAACGCCACGGCGCUCAUCGCAGCGCAGACGGUCAACCCCGACACGGCGCCGCUCUACUGCCUCGGGGCGUCCAUGGACCCUGCAAUGGGUGAGUGCGCUGGGGGGUGCACUGCGGUGUGUGGCGGCGGCAUCUGCACGCCCAACGCCACAGCGCUCAUCGCAGCGCAGACGGUCAACCCCGACACGGCGCCGUUCUACUGCCUUGGGGCGUCCAUGGACCCUGCUAUGGCGCUCAUCGCAGCGCAGACGGUCAACCCCGACACGGCGCCGCUCUACUGCCUUGGGGCGUCCAUGGACCCUGCUAUGGCGCUCAUCGCAGCGCAGACGGUCAACCCCGACACGGCGCCGCUCUACUGCCUCGGGGCGUCCAUGGACCCUGCUAUGGCACUGCUGUGUCUCUCUGCAGCCACGUUACUCCCGCAUGCUCACCCACCCAUGCUGUGUGCGCCUCCAGCGGCGGCGCUGCUGAACGUGAGGGCAGCACUUGGAGUGAUGCUCACGGACUGCUGCCUCUCCGUCCCUCCCCUGCCAUUCCUCACCUCUCCCCCAUUACCAUUCAAUCCCAACCUUAGCGGCGGCGCUGCUGAACCGGCGGCGCUGCUGAACAUGAGGGCAUCGCUGGGGGUGACGUUCACGGACUGGGCGCUGGACUCGCCGUGCACCAUCCAGGGGCUGCCGCCGCUGCCAGGCGCCUGGUCCAACGUCAUCUGCAACGUCUCCGGCAAAGUCAUGUCCAUUAAUCUGCGCUCCAACCUGCUGGAGGGCCGUCUGGACGUCUUCACGACCAACUUCAAGGCGCUCACGGCGCUCAAGGAAGCCUACUUUGACUUCAACUGGUUCACAGGGCCGAUCCCGUCCACCCUAGUCACCAUCGCGACCCUCUCCACCUUUGGUGCGAGCUACAACUACCUGUACGGUUCCAUUCCCGCUCCAGGCGCGGCACUCAAGGCCAUAGCGCUGGACGGCAACUGGCUGUCGGGCACCUUCCCUGGAACCGGCUUCUCCUCCUGCUCCGCCACCAGCAACUGCCUCGCCAGCAUCGGCGCCUGCACCACGCUCGGCACCGUGCAGCGCGCCGCCGCCGCCUGCGCCGUCUGCGACACCGCAGACGGCUCAGGCACCGUGUGCGGCGGCGGCACGUGUGCACCCGACACAGCUGCGCCUCUCAGCACCAGCACCCCCAACAGCGCGACGGCGGCGGUGCUGCCGUGGUUCUGCGUCGGCGUGCCACUGGACGCCACGCAGGGCAACAUCCUGCUGGCGCUCAAGACCACGCUGGGCGCCACCUUCUCUGAUUGGACCGCCUCCACACUCGCCGCCCCCAAGGCCACCUCCACCAAGCCCAAGAAGGGGCCCAAGCGCCGGUCCCUGCAAGGGAGGGGGUCAGGGCUGCUGUACGACUGGAAGGCGGUGGGGUCGUGCACCAUCCAGGGCCAGACGCCCAUUGCUGGCUCUUGGACUGGCGUGCGCUGCUCUCCGCUCGGCCAAGUCGUCAGCCUGCGGCUGUCGUCCAACCUCUUCUUCAGCCGCCUCGACUCCUACAUCGUGCCCAUCACGCCCACCGCCAGCCUCAAGGAGCUCCACAUCAACUUCAACUGGUUCUAUGGCACCGUCCCCACCACGCUCGUCAACAUGCCAGCCCUCUCCAUUCUCCCGCACCGCCCCCCACACCCUCCUCCACUCAACAUCCUUUCCCCACCUAACCCACUGCCCCAUCGCUCUCACUCCUUCACGUCGCUUCAAGCUCCCCUCCACCCACCCGUUCCUAACACACAGCCGAUGCUUCGCCUGCGUUGGUGCGUGCGUGCAACUCUUCCCCCAAACCCCAGUGUGGUGAGCUACAACUACCUCACAGGCACACUGCCCAAGCCAGGGGCAUCACUCAAGGCGCUCGACACAGAGUUCAACUUCCUCUCAGGCUCCUUCCCCGUCGCCUCUCUCGCCUACUGCACAGCCCGCAGCAACUGCUUCGUCAACGCCACCGCGUGCCUGAACCUUGACGGGACCGUGCAGAGGGGCACAGGCUGCAACGUGUGUGGGUCCAGCAAUGGGCAGCUGCCGCUGUGUGGUGGGGCGGUGUGCACGCCCGACCCCUCGGCGUAUGUGACGUCCAAAGUACCCAACAGCGCCUCCGCUCCCACCCUCGCCCUCAAGUGCCCUUCCUUGCCCCUCGAUGCCACGAGCUGGGCGGCGCUGGUGAACAUAGGGGCGGCGCUGGUGAACAUAGGGGCGGCGCUGGGAGUGACGCACAGAUUCUCACCAAUGUCUUGUUUCCUUUCUUCUGUGCGUGCUGCUGCCCCCCCUCACUCCUCUGCCUUCGCCCUGCAUCUGGGGUACAAUCUGCUGUACGGCCGCCUUUCCACCUUUGUCUCCAACAUCACGCCGCUCACCUCCAUUGUCACCCUGUGCGUCCCCUCGCCCCUCUCCUCCCCUUCCACCCUCAUCUCACAUGCCUCCCACCCUCAUCUCACAUGCCUCCCACCCUCAUCUCACAUGCCUCCCACCCUCAUCUCACAUGCCUCCCACCAUCCGCUCACAUGCCUCCCACCAUCCGCUCACCUUCCCCUCACUUUGCCAACCUUUUCUAGCACUACCUUCCUUUUCCCCUCUCUUUGCUCACGCGUCCUCCUCUCCAUGUGUGUGCGCCCCCCCCACAUCCGUCUGAGUGCCAACUACCUGACGGGCACGCUGCCAGCUGUGCCCACCAAGCUCAAGUACCUGGCCGUCAACCACAACUUCUUCGCCGGCGCCUUCCCCAAUCAAGCCUUCCAGUUCUGCGACAUCCGCAACAACUGCUUCUCAAACCUUGGCACCUGCUACAACGCCUACGGCGUGGCUCAGCGCACCUCCGGCUGCAACAUCUGCGCCACCAGCAACGCCGCCCCACCCCUCUGCAGCGGCGCUCCCUGUAUUCUCAACGCCACGAGUGUUCUGGCGGCUGGCACGGUGAACAGCCUCACGGCGGUCGUGCAGCCCUUCUACUGCGGACCUGCCAUCAUCGAUGCCACUGCUGGUGAGUGCACACCCACAUCUCUGCGUCACAUGCGCUCCGUGUGUUCUCAACGCUAUGGCCCCCCCGGCGGCUGGCGCACGCAAGCGCUGCUGGUGCUGAGGGCGGCGCUGGGAGUGACGCAGACGAGCUGGCUGGUGGACUCGCCGUGCGACAUCGCGGGCAACCCGCCCAUGCCCGGCAGCUGGGCGGGCGUUGCCUGUGACACCACUGGCAAAGUCGUACAGCUGGAGCUGCCCAAUCAGGGGCUGCGGGGAGAUCUGCCCGCUGACGUCUCCAAGCUCACUGCCCUCACCCGCAUCAGCAUGGCGUCCAACCUGGUGGAGGCACGCCUGGGCGAGUGGGCCACGGUGCUCACCACGCUCAAGACCUCCCUUGACAACAUGGCGUCCAACCUGCUGGAGGCACGACUGAACGAGUGGGCCACGGUGCUCACCACCCUCAAGGGGCUCAAGCACCUGUCAGUGCCCGCCCUUCCCUUCCCUGCCCUGCACCCCCUGCCUUGCCUGCCCUCCCUGCCCUGCCCUCCCUGCCUUGCCUGCCCUCCCUGCCUUGCCUGCCCUCCCUGCCCUGCCCUCCCUGCCUUGCCUGCCCUCCCUGCCUUGCCUGCCCUCCCUGCCCUGCCCUCCCUGCCUUGCCUGCCCUCCCUCCCCUGCCCUCCCUGCCUUGCCUUCCCUCCCUGCCUUGCCUGCCCUCCCUGCCUUGCCUGCCCUCCCUGCCUUGCCUGCUCUCCCUGCCUUGCCUGCCCUCCCUGCCCUGCCCUCCCUGCCUUGCCUGCCCAACCUGAUCUCUCCCUCCCCUCCACCUGUCUCCCGCCUUUUCAUUUCUCCAACGUCUCCACCCCUCUCCAUCCCUUCCCACCCCUCCCAAACAGCGCUCUCAACUACAACUGGUUCUCCGGCCCUCUGCCGUCCUACCUGCUCACUCUCUCGACCCUCACAACGCUCAACUUACAAUUCAACUACCUCACCGGCAGCAUCACAGGCGUCCCAGCAGCAGCCCUCAAGACCAUAAACGUGGCGUCCAACUUCCUGGCGGGCUCCUUCCCAGCCUCCUCCACCACCAUGUGUGACGCGCGCAACAACUGCCUGCUCGACGCCUCCAAGUGUGUCUCCUCGGGCUCCUCCGCGCAGCGCACUGCCACCGCCUGCAUGAUCUGCGGCUAUGCAAACGCGUCCACGCUGCUGUGCGGUGGGGGGGUGUGUGCGCCGAAUACUACCCUGGUGCUGCCGACAAAGACGCCCAACAGCGCUUCUGCUGCCGUGCUGCCACUCAUGUGCACUGGCGUUCGCGUCGACCCUGCUGCCCUCCCUCUGCCUCCUCCCACUGCCUCCUCCCUCUGCCUCCUCCCUCUGCCUCCUCCUUUUGCCUCCUCCCUCUGCUUGCUCUGCUGCUCACACACCCUCCUCCCUCUCCCAUGUGCCAUACACUCUGCCACCUCUGCGUUCCGCUCCCGCUCACCCACUCUCCCUCUCGGCCUCUUCACCCCCCUGGAUCCCCCUGCGCGCCUCCUUGCGUCCCCACUCCCCGCAGUGCCGAUUCUGGCAAACCUGAAAACAGCGCUGGGAGUGCCGCACCAAGGGUGGGGCGUGCAGACGCUGUGCACGGUGACGGGCAUCUACAGGGGCCCGCAGGACAUGUCGGCAGUCAACUGCAACAUACAGGGCGGCGUGGUCGACAUCUUCCUCAAGCAGCGCUUCAUGGACAUGUCGAGCAACUUCCUGUCGGGCCGGCUGGACCCCUUCAUCACGCCGCUCACCGGCCUCACCGCGCUGAAAUACCUGGUGAUGAGUUACAUUGAGUUGAUUUUUGAGGCCCCUCAGAAAUCCUCUCCCUCCUUCCCCACCCACCUCCUGCGAGCCGCAGCCGUGAUGAGUUACAACUUCUUCUCGGGCUCCCUCCCCUCCACCAUCUCCUCCAUCAAGGGCCUAUACAUGCUGAGCGUGGGGUGGAACUACCUGACAGGGUCGGUGCCGGUGCUGGGAACAUCAACCCUGCAGGUGCUGGAUCUGGAGAACAACUGGCUCACCGGCAAAUUCCCCUCCACUGCCAACUGGUACUUCUGCACGGCGCGCGCCAACUGCUUCAUCGACCCCACGCCGUGCAAGAACAACAACAACCAGGGCAUCACGCAGCGGCCGUCCUGUGCCAUUUGUAACAGCGCGGAUGGAACGGGCACGUUGUGCGGUGGGAUUGUGGCCUGCCAGCCAGACCCGGCAGCUGUGAAGGCUGCUACUUCCUUCCCAACGACCAGCACUCCUGUGCUGCCGCUCACCUGCCCGCCUGUUCCGCCCGUCACCACCGACGCCACUGCAGGUACGUCUGUGGCUGUGCGUCAUGCUUCUGCUGCCACCAUCACCUGCUGUCCCAAGUCCAUGCGAUUCACCACUGCUGCCCCAUCGGCGCUGAUGAACAUCAAGACGGCGCUGGGAGUGACGUACACCAGCUGGGCGCCUUCAUCCUCCUGCACUGCUGCCUCAUCGGCACUGAUGAACAUCAAGACGGCGCUGGGAGUGACGUACACCAAUUGGGCAGCCUCCUCCACCUGCACUGAUGUUGGCAGCGCGGGUGGUGGUGGCUUCACUGGCGUUGAGUGUGACUCCCUCGGCAACCCCGUCAAGAUUUCGCUCAAGUCGAACCUCUUCAGGGCGCGUCUGGAUGAGUUCUCCAGCAGGAUUCCUGCGCUGCCCAACCUCGCAGUGCUCCUACUGGACUUCAACUGGUUCUUUGGCAGUCUGCCCCCUGCAGUCAUCGGCAUGCCCAAGCUCACACGCCUUGGCCUGUCCUACAACUACCUCACAUACCGUGUGCCGCCGGUGUCAGCAGCAAUCAAAGACCUCGACGUGGGCUUUAACUUCCUCUCAGGCUCCUUCCCGGCCAACACUGCCACGUCAUGCGGCGCCAACAGCAACUGCUUCCAGAGCGCCGCCACGUGCGCCACCAAGGGCACGGCGCAGCGCACGUCCGGGUGCAAUUUCUGCCAGGCCAGCACGGGGCAGGGCAUGCUGUGCUACGGCCGCGGCGUCUGCACCGUCAACGCCUCCGUGCCCUUUGCUGCCGGCACGCCCAAUGCUGUCGGCGCUCCCACGCUGCCCUUUACUUGCGUCAAGAGACAGGCCGGGGAGGAGGGGGGAGCUGAGAUGGUGCUGACGCUGGUGCACCUGAGGCUGGUCCUGUUGUCAUGUCAGCACUUCCUUUCCUUCUGUUGCAACGCACUGUCUCCUCCCUCUCACUGUCUCCUUGUGCCCUGCCCACCUGCCCACCUGUGCCUGUGUGUGGGCGUGCAGACAUUGUGUGUGGCACCGACUAACGCUGCCAUCUCAGUACUGCCUUCGGUUUCUUACUCUCUCUCUCUCUCUCUCUCUCUCUCUCUCUCUCUCUCUCUCUCUCUCUCUCUCUCUCUCUCUCUCUCUCUCUCUCUCUCUCUCCCUCCCCCUCUCUUCUCUCUCCCUCCUUGUGGCCCACCUGCGCCUGUGUGUGUGUGUGCAGACACCGUGUGCGGCUCUGCCUCGCCGGUCCUCUGUCCCAACGACUGGCGCUGCGCUGGUCUGCAGUGUAUCAUGAACUUUGUCAACUGCGUUGGCUACCUCUGCGUCUAG